CUCUCCUCCCUCAUUUCACACCAAGAAUCAACGCCACCACCGCGCCGCCCUAGAACCGCCAAUUUCGCCGCCGAGCAGCUACGAAAAAAGAGAAAAAAAAACAAAGAUGAGGCCGUCCGCUUCUCACUACGCUGGAGGCGAAUACAACCAGCCCCAUUUUCUCGAUUCCUGCACUCUUUGCCAGAAGCAUCUCAGCCCAAACAGUGACAUCUACAUGUACAGAGGAAACGCACCAUUUUGUAGCCAGGAAUGCCGGCAAGAGCAGAUUGAGAUGGACGAGGCGAAGGAGAAGAGAUGGAAAAUCUCUUCUUCGAAGAGAUCUAGCAGUGUUAGGCAGAGCAAGGAUUCAACUACGGAGGAAUCUGAUACCAACAAAGCCGUUAGAACUGGAACCGUCGCUGUUGCCUAAUAAGCCCAAGAUUUAUAAAUACAUUCAAAUCUCCCAACGCAAAACGAGGAGUAUAAUAAAGGGGAAAUCGAAAAAAAGAAACGCAUUGAUAUUUCUCUCGAAAUUCCUGAUGAUGAGAGGUGUUUUGAGAAUUAAGAGAUGGAGUUUGAUCUGUAAAGGAAAAAAGGUGGGGCAGAGGAUGAAGAAGGAGAAGAUCCUGCUAUACAGUUUUGAUUUGAUUUUUUCUCCUUUUUUUUUCGUUUCUGUAACGUUUCUUGCUUUUUUUUUCUUGAAUCAAAUAGCAAUUUGAUGUCUAUAUGAUGAAGGUCCUUUCAUUGUGAUUCUAUGAAAUACUAUAAAUCCUCGUUAAUUCAACAA